AUAAACGGAGUAUAAUUUAGUCUAAACUCUAAAUAUGAUGCGCUAACUCAACUCUCGGAGAAGUGUGUCCAACGAAUUACGAUGUUAUAACAAUUAAUAUUAACAAUUUAAUAGGUACCUACUAUCUAGUAUUUACAUAAUAAAAAAAUAAUUAUAAAAUUUGAUAUGAAUAUGUGAUAUAAAAGCAAUGAUCAUAAUUCGGGCAGUCGUGAAAAUAUUUUAAAGUGCAAACUCCGAACGUGAUCAAAAGAAUAACGGAAAUUACCUGAAUAAACGGUUGUAGGAAGCUAAUUAGUUAAAUGUGAUACUGGUGGAACUAUAUUAUCGGACUGACCGCUAAAGAAAAUGCAUCAUAUAUUUUAUAAAUAAAAUGUAGUAUAAUAACGCGAGGUAGUGACUCACUGCGCAUUGCAUCAGAGUAUGAGACCAGUUUACAGUGUUUGGACUAUGACAGUGCGACAGCUGCUGUAUGGAGUUAAUAUUAUUAUCUUAUUAUUUUCGUCUACGUUCCAAAGAUGCGUAUUGUCUGCCGACAGCCCACCUUUGACCCAACUGUAAUCUGAAUAUUCUUAAUUUCCGAACUUCUUAAAGGUAUAUAAAAUCAAUCGCGGUACUCAACUCAUCAUUAGUCCAGGUGAAUUCGCCGUAACCAGUGAGAAAAUGAACACUGCUUCAGAAAUGGAAUCCUCCGGAGACGUGGACACCGCGAUCAACUCAAUGAUGGAGACCGAUCUCAAUUCAGUGGACAAAAAUAAACAAGACAGAAUCGAUAAUUCAAAUUCUCUCGAACCAGUUAAGAUUAAAAUAAUUUGGGGAAUUGUAUUAUUCUUUGUUGUUGGUCAUUUAUCAGCUAUUUAUGGAUUAUACUUAGCAUUUACAUCAACUAAAUUACUCACAACAUUAUUUGGAUUAUGUUCAUGGAUAUUAUCAGGAUUAGGUGUGACAGCUGGACUUCAUCGUUUAUGGUCACAUAAAUCAUACAAAGCAAAAUGGCCUUUACGAUUUAUUUUAAUGUUGAUGAGUACCAUGGCAUUCGAGAAUCAUAUUUACGAGUGGUGCAUGGAUCACCGAAUACAUCACAAGUACACAGAUACAAAUUCAGAUCCGCAUAAUGCUAAGAGAGGAUUUUUUUUCUCACAUGUUGGGUGGCUUGUAGUUCGUAGACACCCUGAUUACUACGACAAAUGCUUGAAAAUUGAUAUGUCUGAUUUAAAAAAAGAUUCUAUUGUUAUGUUUCAAAAAACAUUUUAUGUUCCAUUACUAUUAUUGUUUUGCUUUAUCCUUCCUACAAUAAUACCUGUUUAUUUUUGGAAAGAAACAUAUGUCAAUGCAUUUUUCACUUCAACGAUGUUGCGUUAUAUUUUCACUUUAAACAUGACAUGGUUAGUCAACAGUGCCGCUCACAUCUGGGGUAAACGCCCAUAUGACGCAUCUAUUAAUCCCUCUGAAAAUCUAUCUGUGUCUCUUGGAGCUUUAGGCGAAGGAUGGCACAAUUAUCAUCAUGUGUUCCCAUGGGAUUACAAGGCGGCUGAACUUGGAAAUUACAGAGCAAACCUGACAACUGCAUUUAUAGACUUUUUCUCACUCAUUGGUUGGGCAUAUGAUAUGAAAACUGUCUCAAAUGAGAUGAUUUUAAAACGAGCCAAUAGGACCGGAGAUGGUUCUCACCCUGAUGGAGAUGGAAUUUGGGGAUGGGAUGAUUCUAACAUCUCCACUGAAGAUCGAAAAUUAACAACUGUCAUUAAUAAAAAAGAUGAUUAAAAAAAAAUAGUAAUGUUUUUUUUAUAGUUUAUACCUUCGGGCGCCU